ACCUGCUUAACAGUGAAGGAUACUUUCAGCCAUUUUAUUUUGAAAAUCCACCCCCUCCCCGGAAGCGCCCUGUGUCGGUCCGUGUACUCUGACAGGUUUAUCAAACAGGGGCAGAAAGCUGUCUCGGAACUCUGCAGCCGCAGCGGCUCUGAAUAUUUCACCAUCGGGGUUCGGUCCAGCAUGGCGGCUUACGGAUGGAAAUACUGAUGACAGUCCGAAAGAUUGCCUCGAUUUGUACGAUGGGCGCCAAUGCCUCUGCCUUGGAAAAGGAGAUUGGACCGGAACAGUUUCCCGUAAAUGAACACUACUUUGGCUUGGUUAAUUUUGGAAACACCUGCUACUGUAACUCAGUGCUGCAGGCUCUGUAUUUCUGUCGACCGUUCAGGGAGAAGGUGCUGGCGUACAAGGUGCAGCCUCGCCGUAAAGAGUCCCUGCUCACCUGCUUAGCUGACCUGUUCAACAGCAUUGCCACACAGAAGAAGAAAGUCGGCGUUAUCCCGCCCAAGAAAUUCAUCUCACGGCUGAGAAAGGAAAAUGAGCUGUUUGACAACUACAUGCAGCAGGACGCCCACGAAUUCCUCAACUACCUUCUCAACACCAUCGCUGACCUUCUCCAGGAGGAGAAGAGCCAGGAGCGGCAGCAGAACGGAAAACUGGUUCAGAAUGGAGGUGGAGGAGUGGGAGGAGGAGGGGGAGUAGGAGGAGGCGGUAGCGAGGGAGGAGGAGGAGGUGGAGAAGGGGAAGGAGGGAAGGAGACGCAGCAGACCUGGGUGCACGAGAUCUUCCAAGGAACCCUGACCAACGAGACGCGCUGCCUCAACUGUGAAGCUGUGAGCAGCAAAGACGAGGACUUCCUGGAUCUGUCUGUGGAUGUGGAGCAGAACACGUCGAUCACGCACUGUCUCAGGGGCUUCAGUAACACAGAGACGUUAUGCAGUGAAUACAAGUAUUACUGUGAGCAGUGUCGCAGCAAACAGGAAGCCCAGAAAAGGAUGAGGGUAAAGAAGCUACCCAUGAUCCUCGCCCUCCACCUAAAGCGCUUUAAAUACAUGGACCAGCUGCACCGCUACACCAAACUGUCCUAUCGCGUCGUCUUCCCUCUGGAGCUCCGCCUUUUCAACACGUCCGGGGACGCAACCAACCCAGAUCGUUUGUACGACCUGGUGGCUGUCGUCGUGCACUGUGGCAGCGGUCCAAACCGCGGACACUACAUCACCAUCGUUAAGAGCCACGGCUUCUGGCUGCUGUUUGACGACGACAUCGUAGAGAAAAUCGACGCACAGGCGAUCGAGGAGUUCUACGGUCUGACCUCGGACAUUUCCAAGAACUCUGAGUCAGGAUACAUCCUGUUCUACCAGUCCAGAGACUGAACCAAGGCGGUCGUAAGUCCCCAACAGACUGUCACUCAACAGAGGGGGGAGGGGCUUAUGGCAGCCACCUGGUCCGCCCUCACUUAAGUAUCCAGGUUUUAUUCCCUGUAGGCGGAGCUACCCUGGAGCGCCACUCGGGACGGGUUGAGACGUGUGUGGCAGGUCUUGUGACAGCCUUCUGGAUUACCGUUCAAAUCCUCUGUGUCCACACUGCUGCAGCAGAGCACCUUAAAAAAAUAUUUUAAAAAAACAUCCACUAGAACCCCCCACCCCCCCCCCCCCACCAGAUUCCACGAAACUCGCUCUGCACUGUGGGCAGACUGACCAAUCCUAGAGGCUGACAUGUGGAGGACGAGCAGGAGGAGAUGAUGCGGCAUAACCAGCUAUUUUGGAUGCAACUGGUGUCAGGGGGUUAAGGUCUGAGUCGGCCCUAUUUGUGACUUGUUGCAUCGACACGCAUCUCCCCCAAAGAUUCCUUUAAUGUCUGACAGCACUGUCGGAAGUCCCACCUGUCACAGCAAAACCACUGACACUACCUGUAGUGAGUGAACGGCUUGAAUGUGAGCGUGGCGCUUUGAUGAUAGUUUGCGGUGUUUUGUAUAGUGACGUUUUGCCAAUCACGUCCUGCGCAGUGUUACAGGCGAUGGUUGAAAUGGAAACCAGCCACCAGGGAGGUGUUGAUGGAGCUGAAAUGUUCCCCACACUCAUCAGUAAGGCUCUUUGUUUCAGGUUUAAAAUUCUUAACUAAAAAAAUUUAGAGAGAAGUGAAACCAGCUGACCAAAAGUACAAUUUGCAGCUUAUAUAAAUUUUUUUUUAAGCAACCCUGUUUAAAGAAAAGAAUACUUUGCCACAUGUUAUAUUUUUUAAUCCAAUCCUUUGGAUCACCAACAGUCCUGUUCUAGAUUCCAGAGUGUCUAGAGCGUCUAAAGUGGAUGGUGGUUAAACUUCCUGGUGUGUUGUGCCAUGUUGAGCCCCUCGUGGUGCCACAGUAGGGGAGGGAAAAGAGCUCAAAGGAAGUAUUUCAACAGCAUAAGCUAAUUUUUAAAAUGCCAGCUUCUCAUGGUUUUGACAGCAAGCACACGCUCCUUUGCUCUCAAGGAUAUGUUGUUGUAACAUGUCUGACUUUUUUAAAGAUGCCACAAUAUGCACAUUUGUACUUUUUUUUUUUUUUUUUUAAAGGGACGCACUAUGAGACUAAUGCUUUUCUUUCCUUUAAGUCAGCUCUGGUAUCCACUUUACACACUACACGACACGCAGCGUCGAAGUUUGUCGAGUUUGUCUCAUGUGCUUAUGGGUGCCUCUCUGCGCACACACGCCUUUACCCUUCUGCAGCUGGUUCAUCUCGCAGUUUCAGCCACGCUCAGGCCAAUUUCGACUCUGGCUUAAGUGUUUUUCGUGCAGCUGCAGCUCUGGCAGGCAGUCAGGGUUUUACAUAACGCGUUUUCCACUCCAGAAUCGUGAAAUGCAGCCUUCGGUAACACUGAGUGAUGCUAAAGGUCUGCGGAUGUGAUCCGCUGAUGCUCUGCGACAUGGUUUAUUUUAUUGCAGUAAGACCGUCUCUUUCUCAUGUUUGUCUUGGCCGCUUUCAAAUGGCUUCCCCUCCUCAGCAUCAACAGCAGCUUCAGAUUUAGUGGCGAUGCAUCCUGUGAGAUGGGAUGCAUUGUGGUUAUCUUACUGUUUCUGAAAUGCUCAUUAAAUUGCAGCGUGGGCAGUUACAUUAAAUUGAGUUACUUGAAUGUUAGUGCUACUCUGGGCAGCUGAUUGAAGCUGAUUAAUCAGCUGAACAUUUAGUGAUUCCAGUAAGUAGUCACUUCAAGUGAUUUAUCAAAUAACUGGAUAGUUUUGGGCAGGAUUUCUUCUUUAGUUAAAAAAAAACAAAAAAACUUGGCUAUGUGGGUUAUACGAAAAAUGGUUAACUGCAGUCUUCCUUUAGAGGGGUAAAAGUGAAGAACUGGGUUACAUAGUAAAAUUCGCCAGUAUAACCAAGAUUUAUAUGUACUUUCUCUCUUCCUAUUUCAGAAUAUUACAGAUUAAUGUGUUUGUGUAGGUUCUCAGUCAUCCAGGUCAUGUUGGUCUUGAGAGCUUGAAGAAAGAAACUGCACUUAUUCAUGUCUAAAAGCAACAACUACUUCCAAAGGGGACGACCCCCAUUAGGGGUUAAAAACCUGGGAGAAAUCUUUUGCAUUUAGAACUUUCAAGCUCUCUUUACUACAGAUUCAUCUUAAAACUGCUGAUGGGCUCUGCUGCCAUUUUAGUGUUGCUGAAUUCAGAUUGGUAAGGCUUAAGUCACACAGGCCUACAGACAGGUCGGUGAUCAUCCGGUGACCAAAAGUUUAUCCUCCAACCAGUUGGCAAGUGGUUGCUUGCCAGGGUACUGCAUCCAAAACCCCCAACUUGUGGUCGCUUUAUCGAUAUUUGACUUUAAAGGUCUCGGUUUUCCAGUUCGCGUCACACCUUUUGCAGUUGCACUGCCAGCUGUCGAGUAUUUUGUGAGUCCUUCAUGCAAACUACCGGUGACCAUGGCAACCUGCUAGCAACCAAAGAAAUUGCAAGGGGGCUUUCGGUGCAGCGCCGUGUACCUCUUUGGGACCAGUUCCAUGUUAGCUACUGAAGGCAACCACUUGCCAACCCAUCUAGGAACAUACAAUUUUCCCUAGCAACCAGUGGUUGCCAGAUGCCGCCAGCUGGUCUCUAGGGCUGUGUGUCCAGUACAGCCACAGAACACAGAAAAUGAAGUAUUUUUUUGGUCUGUUGUUGUUUGUUUGUUUGUUUUGUUUUGUUUUGUUUUCCUUAAAUGUCUGAAAGUCCAGCGUCACAUCUUCCAGUUGCUUCCAAAUAAAACUCUCCGAAUUUAACAUUUCAUAUUUGCUUUACACACAACAUAAAGAUUUAUCAAAAGAAAUAAAAAUGCAGUACGUAUGAACAAACCUGACUGCCUGUUUGAACUCAGGUCUUCAAAUUACUGCAUUUCUCUAGUAUGAUGAAGACCAAAUAUUUAAAUAUAUCAAACUUGCCAACUUUGAAAAACAGAAUUAAAACUUACAAACAGGGUUUGAUUGAGUUGAUCUGAGGAGAAGCAGAAGCCAUUUUAAAGGCUCGGUCUCGCUUUCCAGCUGUGCAUUAACCCUUUCCGCCUCUGUUGUUUUCUUUUUAAUUGCACAAACCAAAUAUAGUUACCUUUUCUUUUUCACCCCAGUUUAGUUACUGUGUUGUAUAUUUUACACUGCCAAGCUGAUAAGCCUCCAUGCUAUCACUCCUUCGUAACAGAGCUGCAGCAGAUGCAAAGCGGAUUUGGAAAAAAAGCUCUAUGCAGCCUUUAAGGUGUUUAUAUUAUACAGCCGUUGAGUUUUGAAUGUUAACAUGUACAGUCAAAUUUAAAAAAAAAAAAAAAAAAAUAGAGCUGCUGCUUGACCUGUGACAUGUGGAUUUGGGUGCAUCGCAAUACGGUGAAGUCGCCGUCUCCGCUGUUAAAGCUGAAAAGCACUUUUAAAUAUUUGUCAGAAAACUUGUCAUUUUGUCCUUCAAUCGUGCAAUUUAGUGAAAUUAACAGCAUUCAUGCCUGUGGCUGUUCAGUGUUUUCACUCUACCACAACCUAGCACUUGUCAAAGUCCUGACUCCCAGAGUUAAAAAGUAAACAAAUGUAAGGGAAUUCAGGUCUAGUCUUGAAGGAGUAUCACCCCCCCCCCCAAAAUACUGCAAAGUAAUUUUCAUUUCUUCAAAGAAUGAUUUAACUGCUCUGAAAAGUUGCUAAGUGACACUUUUUAUCAUCAUUCAGGUUUUAUGUCCGUAACACAGAGCAGCCAAAAUAUGUUACAAAAUAAUGUGAGCUUGUGGAUUUCUCUCUCUCGGUUGCAUGUUAGUUCUUUCAGCAUGAGAAAGUUGUUAUCUUGGUUUCAAGGUAAUAGCAAUAUGACCAAUCUAGAUCACUUUGGUAAAGUUAAAUCACUGUCAGCCUCUUCCAAAGUCAUUCUGUCCAUUUAUGUUACAUAAAACUACAACCACAAAUAGUUUAACUGAACAAAUACCUCAUUUGGCUCAAAGUUCUCAAAUCUGUGUAAACGACUGGGAGGAGAUCGAGCGACUUACUUGACGAUGCAUCCGAAGCACUUCACUCAGUGAGUCGAAGGUUCAAAGUCAACACUAUUUCUCUUUCACGUCAGUGCUGCUCUUUAACUAAUCAACUUAAAGGAAGUAAUCUACAUUAAAGGAAAGUGUUGCGCAAGUUUUAUGUUUUGUUUUUUCUUGGGGGCUUAGUAGUUUUAUAACUUUCAGACAUCUGAAGAAAGUCAUUUUUGGCUGCAAAUCACUUGAAACACCAACAGAAUCUGUGGACUCUUUAAGUUGCGUUCAUACAUACCAAAUGAUGUUUAUAUUGUUUUUCUUUUCUUUUUUUUAAUAAACAAAGUGUAGAUGUACUCAAGAUGUAAAUCAACACAGACAAGCACAAAAGCACAUUAUUAGUGAGAUGGAAGUCCACAGAUUCAGUUGGAAGCCUUUUUUUGUGGUUUUUUUUGUUUUUUUUUUAAUAUGAAAACCAGAAUUCAUUGAAACCUUUGGCAGAACAAUGUGUUGGAUGCUUACGUUGAAGCAAGGCUCUUUUUAUUUAAAUAUUAAUAUUAUUAUUAUUAUUAUUGUUAUUAUUAUUAUUAAUAUUAUGAAUGUCCAUGUUAACGUUUUUCCUUUGAUGUUCUGCUUUGUUUCUAUUUUUGUGUUUUACUAAUUUUGAUCGUCUACUGUUGUCUGCUGUAUGUAGGCAGCUCUGAAAAUCUGAGGAUUUAUUUUGAUCUAAUUUGGGGAGUGUGAAAUGAGAGAUGUUUUGUACAUAAAUACAGAUGUUACUAUUGGAAUAUAAAUAAUUGCUUGCUUGGAAUAAUCAACAAAACUAGAUCAAGAAUAUUAGUGUACGUUAUCUCUCAAAGAUAUCUUUCUUAUGGUUGAUAUCUUCAGUCUGCCUGGUGCUUAAAAAAUUGCAAACCCCACCCAUCUGGCAUGCCGGGCAGGCCAAAACGAACAAACCCAAAUAUAUGGAAUGGUCACAAUGGAGCUGUGAGUUUAUUAACAUACAUUCACUUUAUAGACAUUCUCUUAUUAGAUGUUGGUGUGCAAAAAAAAUACAUGACUGUCUAAAACCUGAUGUGUGAUCACAGUGUUAAAGGAAAAAUCCACUUUAGGUUACAUAAAGGAUUAAAAUAAAUCAGCAGCUGGUGUUGGUGUUUGUUUCAUUUUAUGUAGUCCUGAUUGUGUUUGAUUUCUACUGAUGAUCAAAGUCUAUAAGAACACAGAAAAACGACUAUACUGGAUUGACAGAAACUGAGGGAGAUGGUAUAUAUUAGUAUUGAGCUUCAAGUAGUUCCACUGCAAAGUUUUCACUAUAUUUAACUUUCACAUUUAUAGUAGUGCUGUCAGUGUUAAUCUCUACGCCAUGCACUGCAUCUGCAAUAUCUAUAAAUUAGUGCCUGACAGCACUAAUUUAUAGAUAUUGCAGAUGCCGUUAUUAUGUCUAAUGCAAAAUUUCUCCACAUCUUAGGUAAUGGGGAGCUUUUUACCUAAGAUGUGGGAGUGGUUGCUGGAGUUUGCCGGCUGUCGAUGGGUGAAAUCAGUCACAAAGAGGUUAUUACACCAAAAACCACUUUGUGAUUGCGUUGGGUUUAGCAGAUUGCUGUGGUUGCACAAAAUAUGGCCAUCUAUUUGCAAUCACUAACUGGAAAAAGUGUGCAACCAUUGUUCACCUUGAAAGUUAAAGCUGUGCCUUAUGUCUGAAACUGACACGUUUCCAUAAGCAAAUCCAGUCAACUUUGAAGAUGACCGUUCUCCGUUUCAUGUUUGCAUUGUAAUUUUUACCGUUUCACUAUCAUUCAGCAAAUAGUUGGCAAAUGUUAGCAAACAAGUUGGCUUCUUCCAUGCAAACCAAAACCAACCAAAGCAUUUUCAAGAAGUAAAACACCUGUCAAAGUUUUGAAGAAAUAUCUUCAAAACUUUAUAUAUUUAUAAUUAUUAGGCAGAAAACAAACUGAAUUCUUGUUUUUAUACUCAAAUUUGAGCCGACACUGUGGACUUCUCAGAGAAGUCAGAAACUUAGUAUAACAUCCAACCCCUAAAACCAUUUAUGUCAGGAAUGCAAGUAAAUGAUAGUCAUUACAGACACGUAACAAUACAGCAGCUGUGGCUUAACCCUUAGAUUCAGAGGUAGUCUAAGUAAUUUGUUAAGCACUGUAAAAUAAAAUGUCAUCAGCAAAGAGUGAAAACUUUGGAGCUACACCUUCAAUUCUAACAGUAUUAAAAUAUUGUCAGAAGAAAAGAAGUGGAGAGACAGAGGCCAGUUUUUGCACCCUAAAAUAUAAAAAGUUCCUUUUUUGAGAAAUAUUUUCAUCUAGUCAUUUUUAUUAUUACUUUUGUUUUAUAGAUUAUUUUAUUUAUCUAAAAUUAAGCAUAUACGUCAGCGAGUAACAGAAGGCAGCAGUCAAGCAUCCCCGGUGUGCUUUUUGAACAGCAUUAUAGGAAAUUGAUGAAAUGCACUCCCUUAACAACAGCUUUUGUUGGUGUGGGGGAGGAGUCAGAAGCACAGCUACAGGUGGAUUUUUCCUUUAACAGUUGUCUCUUCAGAGCUUUUGGUCAUCCACAUCACUCACCAAAUAAAUGUGUUUAACACAGUAUGUGACGGACAUAAAGUGACUGAAUGUGUCAUUAACACUCCUCUAAUGUAUGUUUUUAGUGUGCAAAGUAGCAGCAGCCUCACAGAGACCAACACUGUUAAACUGAAGGUCAAAACAGCGCAGUCUAGAAGUUUUUGUUUUUAAAUUAAUGACUAAAUCUUUAUUUGAGGGGGGGUUUCUUUGCAUUCGUUUCAAAUGUAUACUUCAUUAUUAUCAGCACAGAAAAAGGUGUUUACUGCAGGUAAACACAAGUAAGGUAAUCUGCUUUUUAAAUGGUUGCGUAUUUUUGUACCAGGUGAACACAGAAGGGUUUUUUGUUCGUGCAGAGUCUGCGACUACAGACCAGUAACCAAGUUGUCCUCUUGGUGUUUGUAUUGGUGGGGCUGCUGCUGUCGGACGUUCAUUCUGAGUCCGUGGAGAUGCAGUGAAGUUUGGGAAUGACGGCUGGUUCUGAUGGUGUCCAAACUGUUUGAAAUAAAACACAAACUGGUUUUGAUGAUAACUCAA